ACUCAUUUGUGAUGCUCUUAGACAACUCCACAAGGCCCUAACAGUACUUACCUCCCACGCAAAAUCAAAACCUUCCUCUACCUGUUCAGUGUUCAUUGUUCAUUGUUCAUUGUUCAUUGUUCAGCAUCUUACUCCGUCAAAAUACUCCACCAUUAUCAAUUUAUCAUCUCUCUCUCUGUCUCUCUUUCUUUUUCUCCAAAACUCCAAUGGAGAAACUAUGGCGACCUGUAACUCGCUCACUCGACACUCACCUAAAAUCCAUCUUUCUCUCUCCUCUUAAACCCUCCCCUUCCUUCCUCUUCUCCUCCUCCUCUUCCUCUUCCUCACCUCGCACUCUCACCACUCUCACCACUUUCUCCUCUCUACCCCUCUUUCUCUCUCCUCCGCAAUUUUCUUCCGUCAAAAACCUAAUUCUUCCCAAACUUUCUUCCACCCUCAUUUGCUGCAAUUUGAGCGUAGUUCGCUGUUUCUCCUCUGUUUCUCCUUUAGAUACCAAUAGCUUCGAGUGGAAUGAGCCGAUUUUGUGUUCUGAAGUUGUUGAAACUGCUUCUUUUAGUGAGAUGGAUGAUAAUAGUGAUCUUGAUCCUCGUCCUUAUAUUCCUGUUCGCGCCUUUUUCUUCUCCACCAGUGUGGACUUGAAGAGCUUGGUGGAUCUGAACAAGUCUAACUUUAUCCCGCCUUCUUCAAGGAUGACUAAUUAUGUUGUUUUGAAGUUUGGAGACCUUAAGCCUGAACCAAAUGGAGUGGGUGCUACCUUAAGUGGAAGUGACUGUGGCUACAUGGUGGUUUUCCAGUAUGGCUCAAUUGUCUUGUUCAAUGUUCGUGAUCAUGAAGUUGAUGGCUACUUGAAAAUUGUGGAAAGACAUGCAUCUGGCUUGCUUCCAGAAAUGAGAAAGGAUGAAUAUGAAGUAAGAGAGAAGCCAGCUCUAAGUACGUGGAUGCAAGCUGGCCUUGAUCACAUAAUGCUGCAAUACUUGAACAUUGAUGGUAUCCGUACUAUUGGUAGUGUACUGGGUCAAAGUAUUGCACUUGAUUACUAUGUCCGUCAGGUUGAUGGAAUGGUCGCAGAGUUCACUGACAUAAACCGUGCAAUGGAAAAAACCGGGACUUUUACUAUGGAGAGAAAAAAGCUCUUUCAGCUAGUUGGGAAGGCAAAUUCUAAUCUGGCUGAUGUGAUUCUUAAACUUGGCCUAUUUGAAAGAUCAGAUAUUGCUUGGAAGGAUGCAAAAUAUGCGCAGAUCUGGGAAUAUCUUCGAGACGAAUUUGAAUUGACUCAGAGAUUUGCCAGUCUUGACUUCAAAUUGAAGUUUGUGGAGCAUAACAUUCGGUUUCUACAAGAAAUCUUACAGAACAGGAAGUCUGAUUUUCUUGAGUGGCUCAUCAUCAUAUUGAUUGGUGCUGAAAUUCUCAUCUCAGUGUAUGAUAUUGCUCAUAAGUCAGCCAUAACUGUCCUUUAGCCGCUACUGGAUAAUUCUAAAGGUGGAAAGAGGGUCAGGAUUUCUUCCAUAGUAGGUCUUAAGUGUACAUCUGCUGGUAGCUUGUUAAUAAGACAACAUAUUUUUUGGAUCUGCCUGUAAAUUGAUAUCAUAUGAUAUGCUUUCCUUCUGUAAAUUCUACCAUUUACAGUUAUAGUCUGACUGGUCCAUGAAUUUUGUUCUUAGGUUUUACUGUUUAUUGAGAUUAAUAUUUAGGAAUAUUAAUUACUCAAGUCUAAUAAUGUACUAGAAUUCUAUAA